AUGGUUGUAGGGACUCUCCUGCUGUGGUUUGUGGACGUGGCUCUGAGGACCAUCAUGCGGGUCAUGUGGUUUGCAGGAGGCUUCCAUUGGAUGACGGUGAAGGGGCGCCAGGCGCUACCGGCCGAGGCCCCUAUCCUAACGCUGGGACCCCACUCCUCCUAUUUCGAUGCUAUCCCCGUCACCAUGUCCAUGUCCUCCAUCGUCAUGAAGGCAGAGAGCAAGGACAUCCCUGUCUGGGGCACCCUGAUCAAGUACAUCAGACCAGUGUUUGUCUCCAGGUCAGACCAGGACUCCCGCAAGAAGACUGUUGAGGAGAUCAAACGCAGAGCCCAGUCUGGAGGAGAAUGGCCUCAGAUAAUGAUUUUCCCAGAGGGAACGUGUACCAACAGGUCGUGUCUCAUCACGUACAAACCAGGAGCGUUCAUUCCAGCGGUGCCAGUUCAGCCUGUUGUGAUAAAAUACCCCAAUAAAAUGGACACAAUCACUUGGACGUGGCAGGGGCCUGGAGCGGUUAAGAUCCUGUGGCUCACACUGUGCCAGCUGCACAAUGAGUUCAUCAUUGAGUUCCUUCCUGUCUACACUCCAUCAGAAGAGGAGAAGAACAACCCGGCACUGUUUGCUCACAACGUCAGGCGCCUGAUGGCCAAGGCCCUGGACAUCCCCAUUACUGACUACUCGUUUGAAGACUGUCAACUGGCCAUGGCUGAGGGUCAACUCAGACUCCCUGUUGACACCUGCCUGUUGGAGUUCGCCAAGCUGGUCCGGAGACUGGGGUUGAAGCCCCAGAACGUGGAGAAGGUACUGCAGGAGUUUGGGAACAGAGCCAGGAAGAUGGAGGGAGAGAAGCUGGGUCUGGAAGCCUUUGCCCACUACCUUGAUGUCCCUGUGUCAGACAUGCUCAGAGACAUCUUCUCCCUCUUCAACGAGCAGGAAGACAACAUGAUAGACAUCAGAGAAUAUGUCAUCGCCUUAUCGGUUGUAUGCAGACCUGCUAAAACUCUGGAGACCAUGAAACUGGCCUUCAGGAUGUUUGAGGCGGAGGAGGACAGUGCGAUCACAGUGGCUGAGUUGGCCUGCAUCCUAAAGACGGCGUUAGGAGUGGCUGACCUCGACGUCUCACGUCUCUUCGCUGCUAUCGACGCAGAGGACACAGGGAAACUCACCUUCGGCAAGUUCAGGAGCUUUGCAGAGCAUCACCCAAACUUCAGUGAGGACUACCUGUCCACAGACAAUACAGGCCGUAACGGCUGUCCUCACCAGCCCAAGGCCACGCCCAACGCCAAGCCUCAGACCAACGGCUUCUGCCCUGACUUCAGCCCGCGAGACAACCACCACGACACAACGCCGGACGAUUCAGUGAAGAAACACAACUGAGUCUGUUAGUCACCUCAGAAUCCACCUCUCCUGGUGAGAGAGUGGGUGGUGGGGGUUGUUGUUGUUGUUGAUGUUGUUGUUGAUGGGCUAUGUUUAUGGUCAGUCAGACAUAUACACACACACAUACACACACACACACACACACACACAAUACACACACACACACACACGAUACACACACACACCACACACACACAUACACACA